UUUGGGGAUAUUUUGGGGUCCUUGACCCCCCUUUUUUUGCCCCCCCAGAAGGUGUCCCCGGGGGGUCUCCCCACGUUCUCGGCCCACCCCGCCCGGUUCUCCCCCGACGACAAAUUCUCCCGGCACCGUUUGGCCCUAAAACGACGCUUUGGGGUCCUGCCCACCCAGAAGGGACGGGCCCUGCUCUGAGAGGGGA